CAGCAAUGCCUUUCGUUUCUCCGUCUCUUAGCUCCUCCACCAACGUUCACUCCAAACCCUAGCCCUUACCUUGACCCUAAUGGAAAGAAAUACUCCUUCAAUUCACUCUCGUAUAGCAGCAGAAUGAAGACGAUGUUGAAUGCCCGGAUGUGUAUUUCAACCAUUCCAGCAAACAAUUGCUCGGCAAGAUAUGCGGUACUUGGAGCUGGCUUUGCUGGACUCUCUGUGGCAUGGCAUCUUCUUCAGUUUUUGGCAAAUAUUUGAUUCUUGUCUUCCUCUUUGGAGUUGUGCUAUUGAAUCCCCAAUCUUGUGAUUCCGCACCGUUGUCUGGAAACGCCUAGAACUUGCCAAAAAUUAUAUUUAAGGCGGUUUGUUUUCUUCCUUUUUAUGGCUGUGUUCCUGCAAAUAUGUUGAAUAGUUGAGAAAAGAACUCAAAGUGAACAAAAAACGGUUUUUUUUUUUUUGUUUUCAUUUAUCCUUAUGGCAUUCGGUUCAAAAUCCUUGGAUUCUUAGCUUUCUAUUUCAAAACAAGAUUUUCGUCAUUAAACAAGUUACUACUUUUACAAUACAAUUACUAUGAAGAAGGAUUGGAUUUUUAAGUUGCAGUUGAACUUGACAGUUCACAAACAUCUAUGUUCAUGCAAGAGGAGAUGUGUUACUUAUGAAGCUAAUUAAAAAAUACAACUUGUAAAAAAUAACUCUCUGUUGCUUGAUGCAUAAAUUCGCCUUUCGUUUUAUUCUUAAAUCUAUUAGCUAUAAUAUCUUGGCAAAUUCAUCUAUUAACCUUCUUCAUGUUGUUCUCAUGUUAACCACCUUUUUUUUUUCUAUUGAUUCUGAGGUUUCUCAAUCUGAAAGUUUAGCUAGUGCCUUUUUAGAUGCUCACAGAGUCGCAUUCCAACAGAGCUGUCUUCUGUUGAAAGUUCAUCCACAUAGUUCAAAGGACUCUCACCUAUGCAUAGAUAUCUAUGAUGAGGUUGGAAUUGGUGGUGCUGCAUCUGGUGUCUCUGGAGGACUUCUUCAUCCCUAUUCCCCUAAAGUUAAAGUUCUAUGGAGAGGUGAAGAUUGCUGGAAUGAGUGUUUAAGGCUUUUAUCAGUUGCAGAAAGAGCACUAGAAGCAAGAGUUCCUGAUAGCAUCAGCCAAGAUUCAUCAUUCUUCUGUAUGGAUGAACCUAUAGUUUGUAGAAGAGGUAUCUUAAGAACUAUGAUGACUGAGAAAAAUGCGGAAAUCAUGAAAGAGAAUGCUAGGACAUGCAUUGAGAACUGUAAUCUGGAGCUUCUAGAUAAGGAUGCUGCACAAAAUCUUGUACCUCGUUUGCAUGUGCCACUCAAUGCUGCUGUUUAUAUGCCUCAAGCUCUAAGUAUCCGUCCUACCCAUUAUCUUCAAGCUCUUUUUGCCGCCUGUAAAAACCAAGCGGAUGAGUUAUGUGUAUCAUUCUCUAAAAAGGUGGAAGUAAAUUUAUACAAGGAAUCUAUUGAUACCCUUUGUGAGCUAGCAGGAAAAUACAAUGCAGUUAUCAUAUGCCUAGGUGCAAAGGUGGACAUGCUUCCAGAGUUCUCUGGGAAGCUGCCACUUCGAACAUGCAGAGGUGUUGUUGCACAGCUCAAUUUGUCAGCUCACUCAAGGGACGAGUAUGGCUGCAACAGCCCUUCAAUAUUAUCCGAUGCAUGGCUAUCGUUCCAAGGACCGAGAACCGUUCUAAUGGGUUCGACAUGGGAUUGGAGCUCAAAGAAUUAUUCAUCUAGUGUUUGUGAAGAUGAAUCCUCAAUGGCUCUCCAAGAGCUGCUUCCAAAAGCAUCAGCUGUGUAUCCAAGUAUAAGAGAAUGGACCUUCAUCCGAGCUAGAGCUGGUUUAAGAGCAAUGCCACCACUAACAAAUUUCGGCUCUUUGCCGAUCCUUGGCUGUGUGAAUGAUGCUGUGAAACCAAAGAACAAAUGCAUGUAUUGGUUAUUCGGAGGACUUGGAUCAAGAGGACUUCUAUACCAUGCUUUUCUGGGUAAAUUAUUAGCCAGAGCUGUGGUUUCCGAUGAUGAAAUGGUUCUCCCUCCUGAACUCACUUCAUGGAAGCAAAUGAAGGUAUGGAAAUACAAUUUAUAGUUCAGUUCUGUAUAAUUAUACAUGUUAUAUACUUGUUCUUGAAUCUUGUUUGAUUAAUUCUUCUCUUCUGUGAAACUAAUCACCUGCUAAUUUUUAACAUACAUUUGACAUCCAUAAUCCAUUGGAUUUAGAUCCAAAACACAUACUGUGAACCAUUGUUUUAAAAUUAGUAGUCGGUAGCCGACAUGCUAUAUUUGGAGUCUAGCAUAUGUUAAAGUUUAGUCCA